AUGUCGUCACAACUGCGCGCUGCCUUGGCGGCAGACUCUCCGGCAGCCCCAACAUCGCCGGCUCCAUCCGGUUCAGUUCUUUCUUUGGACGAAUCCUCAGACUUUUCGGAGCGAGAUGUCACUUCAUCCCAGGAACAAACUGUUCAUGUUUCGGAAAUAGACGUCAAAUCCGUCCAUUCAUCAGACAGUGAAGACGGUAAAACACCUAAUCUGUACAACAAUUGAAGUUUUAAAUUCUUAGAAACACCACAAAACCCAUUGCCGGAAGUUCCUCCAAACUGUGGCCCACAGACGAUUCCGUUGAACGUUCUGCUGGAUUUCGCCAUUCAGCACGUCUAUCACGAAAUAACAGUGCUUGCUGAGCUGAUGCAACGGAAGACAAAUGAGCAAGGAGAGCAGGAACGAAAGACGUCUCUCGUUCAUUUCGCCCACGCCACGCGCAGUCAGUUUGUGAAGCUGGUUGCCAUCGUGAAAUGGAUAAGAGUCUCAAAACGGAUGGAUGUUUGCUAUGUAAGAAGUAUUUCCCUUUGAAAACGAGCUGAAUGUUGUUUUUUUCAGUCAGUCGACUAUUUACUGGAUCUGCAGUCUCAGUACUUCAUCGACACUGCAGAUAGACUGGUUUCGAUGACAAGAGGAGAUCUUGAACUGGCCCGUCUUCCGGAAUAUCACAUUGCUCCUGCAAUUGACGUUCUUGUUAGGGGAUCUUAUAAUCGGAUGCCAUCAAAAAUCAAAGAAGCGUUCAUUCCGCAGCCAAAAAUCACUCCCAGAGAGCAGAGGGGUGUGGCCUCUCGUCUCAAUCAACUGGUCGAGACGCGACUCUCCCGUCUCUCGUCGGGCAUUCCUCCAAAUGUCAGAGAAAUUCACAUAUGCAGUGGCCUGGCUACUCUUCUGGUUCCCGGAGAGUUUGAGAUCAAAAUCACGCUGCUUGGCGAAACAGAAAUGACCAAAUGGACACUGUUGAAUAUCAAGAUCCUGGUGGAAGACUACGAAUUGGGACUGGGUCUCCCACUCGUCCACCCCGUUCAACUGAAUCAACUGCACGGUGUUCUGCAGACGCGAAUGAACGUCGCCGCGAACCCAGUCAAAGAAGCCUUCUUCUUCCUGCAUUCGUUCUGCGUCUCGCUCCAACUCGACGUACUCUACUGUCAAACAUCUCGACUGGCUGCCGGAAGGCUCCGCGAGAAUAUCACUAUCGAAAAGUACGACCCGAAAGAGCGUGUUCUGAUCGUUGGAUACUGGGUGAAACGCUCAAAAAACAGAAGGUUGACAGUCGGACAAGUGAAGUACGACGCGCAGUACAGAGUGCAAGUGUACGAAGACAAGGAAGACAAGCUCGGCGGGCUGAAAGUUCGUCACUUCCCGCAUGCCCCACAACUCGGGAAACUCGACUGCGGAGCCGGAAUGCUUUCAAUGGAAAGGAUGCUCUCGGAGACGUAUGUAGUGAGAUGCAAAGAGAGACUGAUGCGAUUGCGAAGAGUCAUCGAAGCCGCGGAGCCUCUUCUCAAAGUGGAAUUGACCGGACUGUCCGUCCCUUCCAUCUCCUUUUCUCUUCUUCCGGACAGCAUAGCUACUGAAGAAAAGCUGACAGUGUCUGUGAACUCCUUUUGUGGAAAAGUCAUCUGCAAUAUUCAUCUGCUUGACAGCGAACACGAAGAUGUGCUUGGCUUGGGACGAGCUCUCUACAGCAGCAAUUGCUCUUCGCAUACCAUCAGGACCUACCUGAGGAAGCUGAGAGUUGCACUCGUGAUUGAAAGAUAUCGUCGAUCAAUGAAAGCGUUACCAGUCCGAGAAGUGAAAGAAGCCGAGCUGAUUCCAUUCGUGAAGAAAGUUCUGGAAGAGACUCCGAGACAUAGAAUAGUCCUGCAGUACCUCCGAUCCGAGACGCACUACCUUCUCAUUUCAUUCCUUCCCGACGACCGGAACAUUGUCACAACAAGGUUGCAACUUCUGGAGUCUGAAGGGGGACGUGCACAGAUAAUUAAUCUUGAUAACGUGAGAAAUAGUUCACAAAUCAGGAAUAUUAAUAUUGCUUUCAGGAUGACGAAUUGUACAGAGUGCCGGUGCGGGAUGCGAUGGAAAUGGGAACAUUGCGGUUCACGAACAACGAGCGGUCCCUUCUGAACGAUUGUGCGAGAGAACAAAGGCUCUCAUUCGCAGUGGCGACUGUCGAAGACCGCAUUACUUACAUGCUCUUGGCAGGAGAAUUGCAGAGGAAAGGAGUCGGAGUGGAACUGCGGAGGGACGACGUGCACGUUCCCGGAGGACUUGCUCUUCAUAUCACAGAGUGAGUCAGUUCAUAUCAAUCUCACCGUCUAACCCGUUUUCAGUGUCAAAAGCGUCGUUCCAUUCGACGUGGGCGAGUUCUUCAAGUGCUGCGUUCGCUGCUGUAUUCGUAUCGACAACCGUUACCGCUACACAUUCCAAUUCGAAAUGUGCUUCGAGAACAUUCCGCUUAUCCGCGACGUUCCGCACGGUCUUCCUCACCGUCGUGAUGGUCCUAAGGUGUGUAUUUACAUUCGAAUUUAAACUCCAGCCUCUCCUAAUGUACUAGUUAGUGCCCAGCUCAUAAGUCCAGCUACUCUUUCUAAUGAGUCUCGGUGUCGUUUUGUCUUCGUUUUCUUAAAAACAAAGAAUGCUUUCUCAAAGAUGUUUUCGUUUACACUUCCAAAAUUUUUUUGAUUUCAGAAUGCCUAUUCCCGAAAGGUUAGUUUUCUGUGUGAGCGAAUGGAAUGCUCCCUCUAUUUUUGUUUCCUGUAACUCUGUCAUGUCGUCGGUGUUCCGCAUGAUUUCUCUAACCUCGCACGAUUGAAAGCCGUUUUCCGUUAACAGUUGAUUGUGAUGGUUUCCCCCACACAACCAUUCCCUGUCCUUGAAUACUUUUCCACUCUGCGCCAUGCCCUCUCUCACCAGCACUGCGGCUAACUUUCCGUCACCCGAAAUAUCCCUCUCGCACAUCAUAAAUCUCUUUCAGGAUACCACGUGGAUCCAGGACUUCAAUCAGAUGUCGUUCAAUGGUGCUCCGGACAAGUUGGCAGAAGGAAUCGUCCACAGAUUGAUGCGGUAUCUGUACAUGUACAAGGUUGUGCAUCAGUUCUCAAAGGCGUAUGAACAGCACUUCAAAAAGUACUGCAGUGUGAGUAUUAUCAUUUUUCUCGUUUUCUUCAACCCAUUACUUUUCAGAUCGAGGCCUAUACAUUCCACAAACUCGUGGUUUCGUACGGAGAGAAACGAGAUAUGCUAAUGAUCCUCGCUUUCAAUGUGAAAUCUCAAACUCCUGGAUCCGUAGAAGAUUACUUCUUGAUGAACUUCGGACAAACUAUGCCGCACGAAGAAUUCAACUCUUCCGAAGUGGACUGGCAAAAGAAGCCACGUUGGAAUCCGCACUCAAUGAUGACUCAACUGCUCAGAGACGAGCUGAAAGAAACGCAUGACCUCGUCUACAUCAUGCACUUCCUCUGCCAGACCAUCCGACCACUCAUCGCCAUCGGAAACUUCGGUCGCAUUCGCUUCCAAUCGCUGAAGUCGCUUUCUCAGUUGCUCGGUCCGGAAGUGCACUUCCCAUUCCGUCUCAAGUAUCAUCUGCUCACAAUCGAUCAGACGACGAUCCGAUUGAUGCAAGGCAAUGUUAUUCUGGAGAUGAAGCUCCUCGGUGACGGUCAGAUUGCUGUCAGGGAUGCUUCGCGGUACAGGCCAAGAUGCGCGGGUCUUUUUCAGUUCUUUGGCAACAUUGAUAGGUGCGAAAUACGUUAGUUGAGUGUAAAUUCAUAACGCUUAGUAUUUCAGUGAAACGACCCAACUGAUGACGGAUGAGAUAGAGAUUCCGAGAUCUGACAAUCCUCAAGUUAUGGGACCAGAGAUGUGGACACCGGAUCAGUUUAUGGAAACUGUAGAUGAGAGGCACGAAGAGCCGGAUCCCCGGAUGGCAGUCACCUCCUUCCCUGUUCUCAUGACACACGACACUAUCAUCAAAGCUUGUGACUUCAAGGAAGUCGGUAUGUUUGUAAAGAGCCUAGAACUCUUUCCACAGUGAGCUCCAAUUGUUUCAGAAGGACGGAUAACGUGUCCACUGGAUGAAUAUCUUUGCGCCAUUUCGUAUCUCCAGAGAGCUCUCCUCACUCUCGAACGGAUGUCCGUACGCGCGAACCCCAUUCCGCCCAACAAUCUUUACUGCGGAAUCGUGACUGUCGUCGACGCGAAACCUGAUUUCGUGAGGUUUCGUGCUUCGCAGUUAAACGGAGAAGGGGUGAACACGACGAGCAUGGUGCAUUACAAAAUCUACAUUUGCCCGGAGGCGACUCUGAAGAUUCGUAUUGAAUUCGGUGAGCAGUGUUCCCUUCUCGUUCCCAUUCCCGUUUUCCCUUUCAGAUGAAGGAACGAAUGAACAGGCAACUCCGGAGAACUUGGAGGCGAUGGCCUUGUACUUUGAAAAGGUACUCGAGAGAUGGAAUCUGCCUGCUCAAGUACUUGUUUUCAGGUUGUUUUCCGAUGCGGCGAUGAAUACGCUCUUCAGUCGUACAUCGUCAUGACCCGAUUGACUUCCCAUGGUGCCACAAAAAGCUUGGCGAAUUUGAUGAGCUCCCAAAUGGUAAGCGAACAACAGAGUUUACGGUUUAUUCGAAAACGAAGAGGUUAUUGGGCGAUGA